AACAGCAUGUUUGUCGUGUCUCGCUGUGCUGCGGGACAUUUAAAAACGCAUAUGUCAGAGAAUCUAACAGAGGUGCUGCAUGCGUUUCCAUAACAGAAUGACCGCUGAAUUCGUCAAUCUGGGUGGUGCGUCUCUCCUGCGUCAUUUUGAUUGACAGAUAAAAACGCCGCCCAGGAGACGCUGUGACUCAAAUAUUCCCACAGAUGUCGGCAUCGAAACAGCAACAACAAAGUUGAGAGUGGGAAGAAAACGCAGCUCAUGGCCAACACUACCACCUGAAGACGCUCCUCCGAUUCAACCUCAUCAUGGAUGUGCUGAAAUCAGCCAGGAGGGCUUUUAUUCGCAGUCCCAGCCAGUCCUGGAGCUCAGGCAAACACCAAAAGCUCCCUGAGAACUGGACAGACACGAGAGAGACCCUGAUGGAGGGCAUGACCUUUAACCUUCGGCACCUGGGAAUGACUCUGGUGGAUCAGCCUAAAGGCGAGGAGCUCUCUGCAGCUGCUGUCAAAAGGAUUGUUGCCACGGCCAAAGCCUGUGGAAAGAAACUGCCUAAAGUGGCCCUGAAAGUGUCUCCUCAGGGAAUCAUCUUGCGUGACAGUGUGUCCAACCAGCUGAUCGAGAACAUUUCCAUAUACAGGAUAUCAUACUGCUCAGCUGACAAGAUCCAUGCCAAAGUGUUUGCUUUCAUCGCCCAGAACCAACAGAACGAGGCGCUGGAGUGCCACGCAUUCCUCUGCGCCAAACGGAAAGUGGCCCAGGCUGUCACACUCACAGUGGUUCAGGCCUUCAGAGUGGCCUUCGAGUUCUGGGAGGUUGCCAAAGAAGAGAGAGAGCAGCGAGAGACAUCCAACAGCGCACAGUCUGAGAGAUCAGUCAGUCUGACCAGCCUAAAAGGAGUGGGCCAUGUGUCUCAUUUAGCUGAAGCUACAGAGAACCUGUUGGACAUUGAUGUUAUCGUGGAAAAUAUGGACAACCACACUGAACCCAACAAUAACAACACAGUAUGGGAGAUGGAUGAUGGUCUGGAAGAAGCUUUUUCAAGCUGCAGUCUGGAUAGCUAUGAGUACUCUCCAGACUCGCCGAGUCUCGUACUAACCCCCAGGUCCUGGACAUUGGGGUGAUGCAUCAGGAUUGGAACUCUGAUCCCGACUGCGACAAGACCAAUGGAAACGCACCAAACAACAAUGAUGUAGUUCGCCUUUGAGCACAGACAGGUUUGUGGGGAGGAAGUAAUCCCAAGAACAUGAUGCAGAAGACUGUUGUGGCUCACAGUGUUCAGUCAAGAGAGUGGCUGACUGCUCCUCCUUACUCCAGACAUCUGGUCCAACAUCUUUCUUACCAAAGCAAUAGUAGAUGAGUCUAUUUUUUCAAAAGUGAUAUGUUAUGAAUUUACAUGCUUAAUUUGUAUCAGUCAGUUUGUAUACAGAAUAAUAUGUGUAGACACCAGAGUCAGUAUUGUUUUCAUAUAUGAAAAAAUGAGUUUAUCAUAUAAAAUGUUACAUUCUGUAUAUUAAUAUACUGUAGAGUUACUAUUUUGAUGGACUAACCCUGGAGUACAGCUAAUAUCCACUGUAAGUCAUAUUUCAUAUGUAUCUACAUUUAUUUAAUCAGAAUUGUACUGAUUUAUGUCAUAACACACCAAGGGGCCAUUUAAUAUGUAUUUAAAAACUCUAAUAAACGUGUUUAUAUUAUAUGAGAA